AUGGCCACUGGUACUCCGUUAUUGUCAUUGCGUUCGAUUUUCCUUCUCCUCCUCCUUGUUGUCUUCCAUGUCCACGUCAUGGGCAGCCCUCUGCUUCCCCGCGCCUCGGAGAAGUCUAAACCAAACCGAAAACUGAAGUUGGAUAGUAAUCGGGUAGUCCAGAUCACCCUCACGCGUACGCGGCAAAUCGAAAGUGGGGUCACAGGCGCCAUUAGACAAAAUCGAAUGGUGCUAAAUACCGAGAAGGAUGACUUCGCAGAUGAGUGGAAAAUCUUACCUGGCAAAAGAGUUGGUUUUGGGGCAGUACGAGACUCUGCCGAAGUCCCAUUUACUUCAUCAAAUUGGCCCUGGAGAUCUCAUCGAUUUUCUGAACUACGAAAAUGCAAAAAUGAUCCGACCGAAGUCUGGGAGAAGCUGGCGGAGGUCCCUUUGAAGACAUGGAACCCAUUGAACAAAACAGAGUUGUUUGAGCACUUUGAAAAUAGAAUCCCGGUUGAAGGGCGAUUUCGUUAUCCCGAUGCAAUUAUGCAACACCUCUGGCAGAUAAAGAUCAUUCAAGAUUCCGAUAUUCAAAAGUGGAACCAGCGGGUUGGGGAGAUGCUGCAGAUGGAGAUGUCAGAGGUCUAUGUGAAGAAAAUGAAGGAGAUCAAAGACGAGGCAGAGAAGAGACAGAAGUCGAGGUUGGCAGAGGAACCCAGUCAAAAUUCCUUGGAUACAUUCGGCCUCUGA